AAAUGCCGUUUUUGUGUCAGAAUGUUCAGAAGACACGUUGCCGGUGAUAAAUGUGUCCAAUAUUUACUUUGGAGACUCUGGGACAAAAGACUCAGUCAUCACCUGCGAUCAUUUUAAAUUCUUCCGUUGUAAUCAACAGACCUGCAGCAGUUUGUCUAAAGGGGCGCGGCAGUAACGGGACAGCUAAAGGAACUGACUGGUCAGUGAGCCGUCUCACUUCUAACCAUCUAACUUCAACGUUUACACUAAUUUAUUGAAACAAGAUGAAGAAGUUCCUCUCGUUGCUUCUCCUCUGUCACGUGGCAUCUCCAGUUAAACACUCCUUCAUGUCUUUUACAACUGGAUCUUCUGGAUUCCAAAAUGUCCCAGAGUUUGUGUCUGUUGCAUUGGUUGAUGAACUACCGAUUGGUUACUGCGACACAGAUAAGAAGACAGCAGAACCAAAACAUGACUGGGCGAGAAUACUAUUAGAAAAUGAACCUCAGCAGUUGGAGUGGUACACUGCAGCAUGUCUUAGGGGGCCUCACUUUUUCAAAGCCUCGAUUGACCAUUUGAAGCAGCGCUUCAACCAAAGUGGAGGUAAUCACAUUUUACAGAGGAUGAUUAGCUGUGAGUGGGAUGAUGAGACCGGAGAAGUUAAUGGUUUUAAUCAGUAUGGUUAUAACGGAGAAGACUUUUUAUCAUUGGACCUGAAGACACUGACAUGGAUCGCUCCACAACCACAGGCUGUCAUCACCAAACAGAGAUGGGAUGCUGAUGAAGCGAGAUUGAAAUUCAAUGAGAAUAUCCUCACUCAGGUAUUCCCUGAAUGGCUGAAGAUGUAUCUGGACUAUGGCAAGAGCUCUCUGCUGAGAAAAGACCUUCCCUCAGUGUCUCUCCUCCAGAAGACUCCCUCCUCUCCAGUCAGCUGCCACGCUACAGGUUUCUACCCUGAGGCAGCCAUGAUGUUCUGGAGGAAAGAUGGAGAGGAGCUUCAUGAGGACGUGGAGCUCGGAGAGAUCCUCCCCAACCACGAUGGAUCCUUCCAGAUGAGUGUUGACCUGGACCUCUCAUCAGUCAAACCUGAAGACUGGACCAGGUACGAGUGUGUGUUUCAUCUCUCUGGUGUGAAGGACGACAUCGUCACCAGACUGGACAAAGCAGUGAUCAGGACCAACAGAGUUUCUCCCUCAGAGUUUCCUGCUGCUGCUGUUAUUGGAGUUUGUGUGGGAUUGAUGCUGCUUCUUGCACUCUGCAUCACUGGACUCUUCUUCUGGAGGAAACACAAGAAUGCCAAAAGCCCUCCAUCUGAUCCAGACAACAGCUCUGAACUCUCUGAGAAGCUGAAUCCAAGUGUGUCUGACCAACACGUGAAACAGUGAAACUUUGUCACGUGUCACAUUAUAUAUCUUUAUAACCCUAACCCUAACCCAAAAGAGACUGAAAAGUGGUUUUCUGCAACAAAAAUCAAGUAGUUAUAGUAUAUCACUAUAUUAUAGUAUAAUAGUUAUAAUUUGUGUGGUUGAUAUUUUAAAGUGAAAUAGUGUUAUUUCUCAUUACAAGCGUGUAAUUUAUUAUUUAAGUCUAUGUUGAAGAUUUUUAUUUUUUUCAUGAACUUCUAUUUUAUUUAUGAUUAAUUUUACAUUCAUGUGUUUCCUAACCAAGAUUUUUAAGCAUGUCCAAUGUGUGUGUUUGAUCAUUUUAGUAUUAUUUUAUGGCUUUAGAAUAAUGUGAAUUACAGGUUUCUGUGAACAGAAUGUAGACAUUGAAUGUUUUGCACAAAAUCAGCUGUUGUGAUGGAUUAUUGAGACCAUGUUUUUAAUUGAUAAAAAGUUUAGCCACUGUUAACGAGUGGCUAUUGAUAGUGGAAGCAGAUAGACAGUGAUGUGGUUGGACAACAUCAAGUUGCUCAUCCAGCCAGCUGGGCCAGCCACUGUAGUUUAGCCUGAUGCAGAUAUGAUGUAGAUAUCAGGCAGCUGAGUAUCUGCUCUUUGGUUGGGGGAGUGAAGGAUUUAAAGGCAGCUUUAAGCCAUGUGGUCGGGGUUAGAGAAUGGUCUCACCUGCUCCGUACAUUUAUGAUGACAGCCAACUGCAGGACCUGAUUAAAGGUAAAAACAUCAUUAAAUGAAUACUGGGCUUCUGUAGGAAUUCUCAUCUCACCUUUGGUACAUUUCACUCUGUAUUAAUAACCAUUAAUGAAUGUCAAACUCAAAUGUAUUGCUCUAGUUUUAGUUCUGAUGCUUUGCUUUUUAAAAAAAGAACUAUUUUAAAUGUUUUGCUGAGUCCAUAUACUCAUGUGUGGAGUAUGAAUAUUACCUGAGACUGCAGUAUUGUCACAUAGCUGGAUGAGAAGAUUGGUAUCAGUGUCGACUGAGCAGAGUUAUCUCCACACAAGCUUAGAGAAGAAAUCAGUUGUUCAACAGCUCUGUAAAAGAUGCCUUCUAGCAACUUCAUGGCUGUGGUGUAAAAUAGAAUAAGUGUGGCUUCACAAAGGACUAACAGUGUUUUUGUACACAUAGUCACAGAUU